GUAAUUUGUUUACAUAUAUGUUCAUGACAUAUGCAACGUCGCGUAUGCCAAGUAAACAGAUAUUAUUCAUUUGCGGACAAGCACACGAACAAUUUUGUCGUGCCCCGAAAGUUGAUACGUGCGGGACGUAAAGUGUAGUGUAUUACUGCAACUCAAUCGUGACAGUCAGUCGUACAGUGUUGCCUAUCACCAGAAACAUGACCAAUCUACUGGUUCUAACUGCGUUGGCGCUCAUCUUUGUUAAUGAGUUAUAUGCAAUGCCGAUGACAGAGAAUUCCGAACCGGAUAAGCACAUAGCACUUAGAGAACCUGGCAGGAAACGUAGCUUCGACAUGCUUUCUGAAUACAUACAGGAAAUAAAACAACAUUAUACUGAUGACCCUGGAAAAAGAGUUGCCGACCCUCCAAUGAAAAAUAAACAUCCAGGAAAAAGAGUUGCUGAUCCUCCAAAGAAAAACAAGCGCCCAGGAAGAAGAAAUAGUGGUCCACCGUCUAAAGACAAAUUCUCUGUGUAAGGAAUGCUAUGCCACUCCCUAAAAACAAAAUGGUCAUAGAACAACUAGAGGGAAGAAUUUUUGACAUGUCGAAAGAUUACCAUAGAACAUAGAGUUCUCAUUAUAAGUUAUAUAAUGCAAC